ACAUAUUUUUUCAUAAUAAACCAAAAAAUUAACUUAUAAAUCACUUUUUAAAACAACCAUAUUUAUAUUUUUAUUGAAGAAUAGAAUAUUAGUACUUUAUAAGUGUACCACAUUAGUGAAGAGGAAAAUUAACCCAGGACAGCACAAGUUUCUGUUGAAUCAUUUUAAUAUCUUAUAUUUAUUUAUUGGUUUAUCUUUUUCAUAAUGGGAUUUUAUCACUUUGGUAACCUCUUGGUCAUAAAUGGAGGGUAAAUAGAAUUCAUAAACCUGGUUAAUGGUCAUUAUUUUGGUGUAACCAUUUUCUUGUUACCUCUUGGUCAUAAAUGGAGGUUAAAUAGAAUUCAUGAACCUGGUUAAUGGUCAUUAUUUUGGUGUAAGUAUUUUCUUGUUUAAUGGUUAUUAUUUUGGUGUAACCAUUUUUUUGUUUAAUGGUCAUUAUUUCUGGUAUUUUCUCCAACAGUUUCCAAUGAAGAAAAGGCAUGAACAAAGGAGUAAUUAUUUAGUAAUUUCAAAAUAUGGAGACAUGGUAUUCCAUAGUAUUAUGAUUGAUGGAGAGUGAGUAGGUGAGAUAUUGUGUUGGGUGAUUAAAAAAUAUGAAGAGACAUAUUAAAUGAUAAUUAAUUAAGAAGUAAAAAUACGUGAUACUUUGAGGACAUUCAACAAUUUUAUGAGCAAGUGUGUGGGGGUUAAUCUCCUUUCAUUCACCAAGAGAAUCUUGAAAAGAAACGGGAAAAAAAAGUACCUGCCUUUUGAACUAGUGGUGCCCUGGUCCACAUUGACUAACCCACCUCUUGAUCUGAUACAUUGCAACCACCCCUUCUCAAAAUUGUAUAUAUAUAUAUAUGCAUUAAGACUCGCAAUUUUCACUCUUUAAAACCUUUCAUCAAUACCCUUCUAUCUCCAACUUCAAUCUUCAUUAUCUUAUUAUAUCCUCAAAUGGCACAGCAGAAGGUAGUGCUGAAGAUCAUGACCAUGACCGAUGAAAAGACCAAGCAGAAAGCCAUAGAGGCUGUUGCUGACAUUUAUGGAGUUGAUUCAAUAGCAGCUGAUUUGAAGGAUCAGAAAAUGACAAUCAUAGGUGAAAUGGACGCCAUUGCAAUAGCCAAGAAACUGAAGAAAAUAGGAAAAAUAGACAUCGUAUCAGUUGGUCCAGCUAAAGAAGAAAAGAAAGAUGAGAAGAAAGGUGAGAAGAAAGAUGAAAAGAAAUGAUGAUGAUGAUGAAGUUUAAAAAGGGUUCUUUAUCUUUCUAUUUCUAAUAUAGAUACACUCUUCAUUUUCUAUUUGUUAAUAAAUACAUUUACUCUAUAUAAUCUAUUUGUGCACUUUGGAUGUCCACAGCUAGCUUGGAAUUUCUAUCAA